CAGUAGACAUGAUACACCAGCCUUGUAUUUUAUGUUCAGCCACGUCACUAACCCACGUGACCAACUGGUGCCUAGCCUGUGUGUAGAGACAACACAACAUGGGACCGGGAUAUUAAAUCUGCAGCUUGUAGACACAGAUUCUGAUCUGAACACAUGGAUGCUAAGUUGCUAUGGCAACCGGGGAAAAUCAAACAAAAACACAAACAUACGAAGAAUCAUGUGAAGUAUGCAAAGACGUAGAAAAGGAGUAUGUCCAUCGAAACAACGAACCGAAUGUGUUCCUAGUCCAUGCACAGAGAAAACUCAUCACAGGAUCAGGAAAGGAUAAAGAGGUGAAGAAGGGGAAGAAGAGGAUCCUUCAGGAUAUCGAGAAGAAGGUGUCGGCUCUCAGGAACACACACGGGGGCCAUCUUCUAGUCCACGUGGACGGUCACAAAGAGGGAGACAGAUAUUUGGAGUACUUUCAUGAAUUUGUUGACAAAACACUGCAGGAUUUGGUUGAGUGUGGAAAGUCAUAUACUGAUAGUUAUGUUUGCACAUGGCUAUAUGUUCUUAAUGGAUUCGAACUGUUUCCAGAUGUAUUACUAAUUACUGUUGAAAACACCUGCUGUAUCUCCACUGUUAACUUCAACACCAAGAUUUGUAAUGAUUUUGAAAAGUUAAAUGCAUCUACUUGGAAUAUUGUCUCUUUACUCGCAUAUAGUCAAGAUAGAAAGACCGUUGAAGCCACUUUAAGAGGUAUUGACACGUACAAUCACGAGUGUCGGAAUAUUGAGGUGAAGUUUUUGCCAGACAAACGGGACAAAUCAGAUUUAGUGGAAUACAUCUGGGAUGGUCUGAAGUUGAAGGAUAACUUGACGUCCUUGUCGAAAGUUGAUGGAGGUGGGUCUUAUUAUGUUGGAUUAGCCGAACGAUGUGAAACAGAGGAUGGUUACAAGAAGAAGGUUAUCGAAAAUAUAGGUUUUGAGAUUGAUAAUCCUGAAAACUUCAAGAAGGAGAUUUUGGAUAAGAUCCAGAAAAAUGUGUGCGUCUUACACUGCAGUGGGGAGUUUGGUGAUCUCCCACCUAAUCUGAUAAAGAUUGAAACAUACAAUAUUCCCGUAUCACCUACCAGAUAUAUUCUAGAAGUGGCUGUUGGAUAUUUUAGUGGUUUAGUGUUCAGUGAUAGGGAAGGGCCUCGUACCUAUGAAAUAAUCCAUGGAAUUAUUCGCAGGAUGGACAGACAAAAGUGGUUGAGGAGAAUCCAAAAACUGCCUCCAUGGAAAGGAAUUAACACAAAGUCAGCUGAAAAAAGGAGGCGGGGGUAUCGGUAUACGCCAUAUUAAGCAAUAUUUCAGGGGGCAACAGGUAUGGGCUUCACACAUUGUAAAUCUUUGAGAAAUUGAACUCAGCUCUCGACCUGACGAGUGAACAUUUCAACCACUAAAGCUCACCCUCAGGUGAAGAACAGUUUUGAUCAGCAUGGAUUCAGCUGUUGAAAGUGAUGACUCAGAUCUAUCUAGCAGCUACAGCUCUGACGAUAUUGUCGAGUGCUCUAACAGCAAGUACAGAAGAAAGCAUUCACCGACGAGAAGACCCUUGGAGUUCAGUGACUUCUCCUUUUUGGCAUAUCUUUAUCGCUGUGAUGUUGAAAAGGGUGUCAUUCAUCCCAAAGAUGUAGAGCUGUACCUGAAGAAAGACAUUCUUGGUGCGAUCAAAUCAAUUCCCCCGACAGAGUUUAUCUACGUGAACUCUCCACUGCUCACUUCCCUGAUGCCGGAGGAAGAGGUGCCAGCUCCAGACAGCGUCAUCUGUGAUGCUUAUGUGUUUACAAAAGACCGCAUGAUUCAAGUGCUCACGUUCGUAGAAAGUGACACUACUGACGCCUUGCACUACAACUCCUCCCUUGCCCAGACUCUCACGUGCACAGUAAGAAGGGAACAUGGCACCAACUUCCAUCUUGUUCAUGGCGUCAUAAGACCUGACGAGUGGAAGUACUGUGAAACGUUUCAUAAAACUCUCAAAUGCCUUCAGUUAAAUGUUGAGAAGUAUACCCUCUACAACUCUCUUCAAUACGAUGCAGUGCUACUGGAUCAUACCAGGGAGAUGUUUUUCGAAAUGAUGCUCAAUCAGCAAUUAUCUGAGAGGCAGAGAGAGUGGACUGAUUUAUUUGUGGAGACGGCUGCCUACCACGAAGUCCGGACAAAACUGCAACAAAACGGCCUUGUUAUACUGACUGGUGGCCACGGAGAAGGUAAAACCACAAUUGGACAAAAACUGUGUUAUGACUAUCAACAAGAAGGCUACAACACUGUCACGUACAGCAGAAAGGAGGACUUCAAUCUGGAGGUACUUCAGGCGACCAAACCAACACUUGUGGUGCUGGAUGAGAUCGAUCGCUACACCCGUGGGAAAUUCCCACGUAACAGGAAGAACGUGCAUCUAGUUGUUAUAGAAGAACGCGAUAAAGAGGAAAGACACUGGGUACCGUAUCUGUUUGAAGCAAACGAAAUCACAGUGAACAUUACAGAAAUACGUAACAGGAACUGGGAGAGAACAAAAGAAGAAUAUUCUCGAAUGAUGCAAAUUCAGACAGACAUUCCAUCAGAAACACGAGAUGAGAUUAUUGCACAGCUUGAUCCAUGCUACGUUGGUUUCCCAAAGGUGAUGAAGCAGUUUUGGAAGGCCAGACCUAUUGCUGAUCCUGUCUCAUAUUUUACAAGCCCCCAUUCAUACUUCAUCACGGAAGUUGAAAAACUAUUUGCGAAUCAAGACUAUUCUGCUGGAAUAAUGUAUGUUCUGAUAUCUGGAAACAAGGUUAAUCUUACCCACUAUUAUCAAGAAUCAGAUUCUGAUCCUGAUGAUGAUGAUGAUGAUGAUGAUUCUGAUCCUGAUCCUGAUCCUGGUUUAUAUCAGCUUGGCCAUAAUGCUACUUGUAUUUGUACUAAAGACUAUGAAUAUGAUUUUGAAGCUGUUGACACCAAUGCACUGAGGGCAAUAGGCACUCUCUUUCCUAAAGUUGUCAAACAAGACCUACCUGACAUGAUACACAAACUAAAUAUGACCUACCUAUACCAAGAGGGCUACACAGUAUGUUUCAAUGAUCCAUUGACAUACGAUGUGUGUGUGUAUUUUGCUGAUGCAAACUUCCCUGGGUUUCUGUGGAAACACUGCAUAGCCAUUUUUGAAGGUGAUGACCUGGAAUCUUCAAAUACAAGGACUAUUUUUAUCUCCAGAACAAACAACGACAAGCUCCUUGCACAGUUGAUUGACCGUGUUAGGAGAGGGAAAUUCAGGUAUACAUUCUCCCAUCCGGUUCUUACCAGGGAGGAUAACAUAGACAGGUUCUUUAUCGGACUUGGGAAAGAUCUUAAGGAGGUGUUGGACUUACGAGAAGCGAAUCAGCAUCCUGCUACCACACAUAGUUUCUUGUACUGGCUCCUACAGUCAGGCAAUGAUUACCUGUGUAAGAAAGUAUUACAGAAACAGGAACUGUCACAAGUUCAUGUCACUGAAGCACUCACCUCUUUCCUAAGACUGAACCACACAAAGUUUUUCCUGUAUCUAUGGCAGAAUAUGCUUGAUCGAAACAAUCAACUGAGCUUCACUGAUUCAGAUGGCAACUCUCUUCUCAUGCUAGCUGUGAUGGGGAACGUGAAGCCUAUUGUGAAGGUCUUAAUGGAUGCUGGUGUCGAUCCACUGAUGAGAAACAACGCUAACGACACAGCUCUUCAUUUGGCAUGUGUGAAUGGAUAUACCGAGCUUGCUCAAGUACUUUUACCACAUCUUGGUGAUGGAUGGAACACAAAAGGCAAAGAUUCACGCACGACAGUCAUGAUGGUAGCUCACCAUGGUAAUAGUCAUUUGUACCACUAUCUGACCAAUGACAAAAAGUGUGAUCUGACUGGUGUCGAUGAUUACGGCAAUACUAUUUUACAUUUGGCAUGUGAGGGUGGUUGCCUAGUAAUUGUUAAGCAUAUCAUUUCCAGUUCAUUGUUUGAUAUAGACACUGUUGGACAGUAUGGAAAGACUCCUUUGAUGAUAGCAGCUUUCAAAGGUCACAGAGAUGUAUUUCAAUUACUUCUCUCGAAGAGCUGUCACAUAUCCCCUGAACAUUUCAGUAUGACAGAGACAUUAGUCUGCGGGCACAUAGACAACUCUAAAGAUUUGACAGAAUUUCUCCAAUCACGGGAGCAUGGCAACAGGUUCAAGAUAACACACAAUAUAAAUGUUGCACCGCCACUUAGCACAUGUCUAGAUAAAAAAGGAUCGAGUAUGUUACUUGUGGAUGAGCGUGGAAUGAGUCUGCUUCAUACAGCGGCAGAUACAGGCAACAUGGAUCUUGCAGCCUUCCUGUUAUCAAAGGGAAAGGUUGACAUCAACACCAGAGAUGCCAAGGGAAGGACACCGGUAAUGUUGGCAGCAACCGCGGGGCAUCAUCGCAUGUUUGACUUUCUUGUUGGCAAAAACUGUGACUUGUCCAUAAAAGAUCAACAGUCAAGUGGAAUCCUCCAUUUUGCAAGCCAAGGGGGCAACGUGUUUAUUAUACGCACACUGACAGAAAAUGACGUUAACGAGGAAAACAUUUGUGGAAAAACGCCAUUGUCAUAUUCUGCUGAAAAGGGGCACAAACAAAUAUUUGAAUCAUUUUUAGACAAAGGAGGAGAUAUAUCAGUUGUGGACAAAGAUAAGAACACACUGUUACAUCUUGCGUCUCAUGGGGGAAACCUGCCUUUGGUGGAAGAUAUCUUGGCAUUUCAUGUCGUUAACAUCAAUGCUGUGAACAGUGACAGCAGAACACCCCUGUUGAUGGCAGCCUAUAGCCGACACACAGACAUCUGUCAACACCUGAUCUCUGCUGGAGCUGAUGUAGACAUACGGGAUAAUGAUGGAAAUGAUGUUGUACUUGUUGCUGCUAAGACAGGAAAUCGCGAACUUGCAGAUCAUCAAUUAUCCCUAAAGAAAACAGGUACUUUUGAAGGUGAUAUACGUGGGAAAACAGCGCUAAUGUGGGCAGCAGAGAGAGGGGAUGCUGACAUGUUUCAUCGUUUGCUUACAUGGUGGAAUAUAUCUGACAUGGAUGUUGACAAAAACAAUGUCCUUCAAUAUGCUUGCAUUGGAGGCAAUGCCGAUAUUGUAAGAAGCAUCGUCCUUCAAAAUAAAGUAAGCAUAAACAGCAGAGGGCACAAUUUCGAAACCCCGGUCACAUUAGCAGCAAAGAAGGGCCACAGGAGAACAUUUGAGGUCCUUGUGGAAAACGGGGUUGACUUGACAGAAGAGACCAUCACUCGUAACAACAUCCUCCACAUGGCUUGCUCAGGUGGCAGUAUAGAGAUUGUAGAAUACCUUCUCUCAGACAAUAAAAUAGACAUCAACAGUAGAGAUGAGCUGGCGCGGACUCCAGUGAUGUUGACAGUGGAAAUGGGACACAGGAACUUGUUUGACCAUCUUGUUAGUAUAAAUUGCGAUAUGACACUAGAGGACGUGUUGGGUGACAACAUUCUUCAUAUGGCAUGCCGUGAAGGACAUGUUGAGAUUGUAGAGGAUAUCAUUGGUCAGGAUAUACUUGAUAUCAACUGUCGAGGGCAAAAUAGGAAGACCCCAGUUUUGUUGGCAGCUGAGAUGGGACACAAAAGGGUAUUCGACCUCCUUAUACACAAAGGGUGUGACCCUACUGUCUCAGAUGAUAAAUGUGACACUAUCCUUCAUAAGGCAUGUUAUGGUGGCAAUGCAGACAUCAUAGAGUACAUUGUUUCACAUAACAUUGUGAAUAUCAAUAGUAGAAACACACUUCAGAGAACACCAGUAAUGUGGGCAGCAGAGAAGGGACAAAAGAGUGUAUUCGACUGUCUUGUUAGGAACAAAUGUGAUCUGAAUGUACAAUGUGAUAGCGGUGGAAACAUCCUCCAUAUGGCAUGUGUAGGAGGUCAUUUAGACAUCAUAGAGUACGUUGUGUCACAUCAAAUAGUGAGCAUUGACAGCAGCGAUCACCUUGGGAGGACACCGGUGAUGUUGGCAGCCCAGAAUGGACACAGCAACAUCUUUGACUUGCUUGUGAGAGGAGGUUGCGACCUCGCAGUCAAGGAUGGUUAUGGUGAGACGAUACUUCAUGUGGCUUGUAUUGGAGGCAAUGCAGAGAUUGUGAGGUACAUUGUUUCAUGCAAUGUAGUUGACAUCAAUAGUUGUGGAUGGUGUGGGAGGACACCACUUGACAUAGCAAAGCACCUCACUGACGAGACAGUCAUUGGCGUCCUCGAGAGUCACGGUGCCAUGUCAAACAAUAACGAGGAUGAAAGUGUGGCGUGAGAGAAUCUGAUGAUAACUAUGUCAGCAAUGUCAAGAUUGGGGACACCAGAAAGAACUUCACCCCACUGAAACCUUUAACCAUGUGAUGACGUUAGCCAGGGCCUAAAGAAUGACGGACGAAUACCAGAACCACUACCCACCGUCCCUUGUUGUGUUGUUUCCAAACACCUGGUAACAUCACCAUUUGUCAGUGAUUCAUAAAUAUGUGCUUAUCAUAUAGUUGGACACUACCAAGGAGUCUGCUUUUGGCAGCGAUUCUUAUUAUUAUGGAAAGGAUUUUGUCACAUAUACAUGUACAUGUAUUUAUACUGAGGUUAAAAUAGCAGCUGUAUCAUUGGGCCUUUGGUGAUGGAAACAAACAUGGGACAAACACGAGGUCAGAGCCGUUCAUUGCAGAUUCGAGGUGCGUUAUUAUUUUUCAAAUCUUGGAUGCACCUCUGUUCAAAUAAUAUAACUCUUUUACUGUACA